AUUCUCAAUUUUGAAAAUGAAAAUGCAUCGAUGCAUGGAAUUCGGCAGGAUUUUGUUGCUUCUAGCAGCAAUUUGCGUGGUUGUUGGAGCUGCUGGGGAAGAGCGAGAGGUUCUGCGCAAGCACAUGUCCACCAAGACGCUGUAUGCACCGCCUCCGUGGGCAGAAUCAGAUAUUCUCGAGGGUACGUGCACACCCGUACAGCUCAACUUUGCCAUUCGCCAUGGUACCAGGACCCUACAAUGAAAGACAUUACACGGAUUAACAAUACACACACUAGGCUAUUAGCAGCUCGUAACGGGGCAUCCCAAACGUGGGUGGAGAGCUGGAAGAAUCCAUACCCGAAGGAAACACAAGCGUGGCUUGCAGAUCCCGGCGUCCUCGAGUUGAUUGAGAUUGGACACAGAUUACGAGCUCGACUCUCACCGUUACCGGUGUUUUAUGACGCCAGCAAGUUUGUUUUUGAGCACACGUGGAAGAUCCGUACGAAGCAGAGUGCUGAGGCCUUUGCAUUUGGCUUCUUCGACGGCCUGCAGCCAGUAUACUACCACAGCCACCCGAUCGGACAGGACGAAGUACUGCGGUUCUACGAUAAUUGCCCGGUAUUUGAGACGCAGAUUGACUCGAACAAGAGUUCUACCAUUGAACAUAGCAAGUAUCGCGACAGUGAGCAGAUGCACAAGAACCUGGUAAAGUUCCAGCGGUUAACUGGGUUUGCCGGUGCGACCCAAAAGGAUAUGGAGGCAGCGUACGCCGGAUGUGCAUUCGAUGUGGCAGUGCAAGAUGUAUUUGACCAGUGGUGCUCGUUCUUCGACGACGAAAUGCUGCUGUCCAUGGAUUACUUUCAAGACCUCAAGCAUUUCUACAGGAAAAGUCACGGUCAUCCGCUGUCAUACGAGAUCGCGACGCCAUUGUUGCAGAAUAUUUUUCAUACUAUGAAGCAGCGUGUGGAUGGCAAGAGCGACGUUGAAGGUUACUUUCGCUUUGCACAUGCUGAGACCAUUUUACCGUUGGCCUCGCUCUUGAAUGUUAGCUACUUCGACCGACAUGCCAGUGAUCGUGAAGGACACUUCCGCGCAGUCACACCAUUGGGGCUAGCAGUACAGCGGAAGUUCAAGAGCUCCGAGUUGGCGCCAUUUGCAGCCAACAUCGGCUUUGUUCUCUAUGAGUGCGCAGAUCAGAAGGAGACAAACCAAGCUGGAAAGACGUUCAAAGUGAAAACAUUACUCAACGAGCGCGAGGUGGAGUUCAAUGAGUGCAAGGGCCAAGCACUCUGUCCAUUUGACGUCCUGGAAAACAUCUUCCACCUCUGGAUUUACGAGUUUGACUUCCAAAAACACUGCACGCUUGAAUAACUAAGUGAGCUGCACUAGUAGCAAGCAUAAAUCGAUUAUUGAAUAUACUGAUUGAUCUCUCUCGUAGGCC